UCCAACGUAAGCCACUAACGCGGUGUGUGUGUGAGUGUGUGAGGAGUGUGUGAGCGUGUGUAAGAGAAACCGAGCCUUGUUUACAGCGCCGGAGCUGCGAUAACAGGAGCUACACUUUACUAUGCGCGCUUAUCGGAGAUUCUGACGAUGAUGGAGAGAGUAAGAGCGGCGAUAAGCAGCGCGCUGUAGUUGUGUCCCGCGUCGUGAGUUUGAUCUCUCACUGCUCAUUUCUGCGCGGAAAUAAACACCUUGCUAAUGACUAGCGUUCAUUGCUAACGGAGCGGAGCUACCAGUUCAAAAUCUCCGACUGGAGGGACGCAGUGAAAACGCCAGGGAAAAGACGGAGAGGGAGGAAAAACGCGCUGCGGCGAUUUUUUUUCACUGUUUUCACGCCUUUUUUGGAUUAUUUAAUUAUUAUAAUUAUUUUUUACAUCUUCUCAGUCAGUCCCAGUCUCACUCCCCAAGUUAGCAAGUUAGGAAAGUUGCCUCUUCGCAUUUCGUCGGAUGAAAAUUAAUCACCUCGCUGCCUAUGAGCGACCCUCCGCAUCCAGCGGCUCACCCAGCUAGUUAGCCGUUAGCUCGCCGAGCGCAGGGUUUUCCACUGGACCGGCUAAAGGCGGCUAGCUCGGCUCGGCUCGGCUCAGCUCGGCUCAGCUAGCCUCGCAUAGAAAUGGAGUCAGAGGAUGCGGGCUUUCAAAUUCAUUCGUCAGCUUGUGCGGGAAUUCGGAUAUACAUCGGCUAGCGUCUUUCAGGGAUAGUAAAACGAGUUCGAGUAUCAGCAGUUAGCUAGCUCAGUCACUAAACUCCAUGCUGAAGUCAAAGGCGAGCUAAACCGGCUAAGCUAACUGGACUUCCAUAGAAAUUCCUAUACGCACUUAGGCUAAAGAAGCCAAGCUAGCGAUACUGUGUGUGAGAGCUAGCUUUUCAGUUAGCAAGUUUUCUUUUUCUUCUUUUUUUUUUCUUACUUUUUCUUUUUUUGGACAAGGAAAAGGACACCAAAUAUCCAGGCAGAUAAUUGAAAGUAGACAUUUGUUUUAGUAAAAAAAUAGCUUUCGUUAGAAAGAAAAAGACUACAGUUAAUCAUAGUCGGCUGGCCUUUUUAGGUGUCACUUUUUUCUUUAGUUACUUUUUUCUCCAGUGUUUACAGGAAUGAGGUGUUGGACAGCCAGGACUCAUUUGUCCUUAUUUUGUGCUCUGCUGCUGCUGCUGUUGCUGUCCCUCUCAGUUCACUGCCAGUGGCCCUCAAAUGAUGGAAUCUGUGGUCCAGGCAUUGACAUCGGAAAUGACAUCAGUGACUUCAAGAAGCUGGAGAACUGCACGGUGGUCGAGGGCUACCUGAAGAUCCUCCUCAUCGUAAACAAGAACACCAAUCAGGAGGUCUUCCGCACACUCAGUUUCCCCAAGCUGACAAUGAUUACAGACUAUCUGCUCCUCUUCCGUGUCCCCGGACUGGACAGCCUGAGCACGCUCUUCCCGAACCUGUCAGUGAUCCGAGGCCGCAAUCUCUUCUACAACUACGCACUGGUCAUCUUCGAGAUGAACAACUUGAAAGACAUCGGCCUCUACAGCCUGCGCAAUAUCACCCGUGGCGCCAUACGGAUUGAGAAGAAUCCGGAGCUCUGUUACUUGGAUUCUGUCGACUGGUCUCUCAUCAUGAAUGCAGACUUAAACUUCAUCGAUGGAAACAAGCAGGCCAAGGAGUGCGCAGAUGUUUGCCCAGGGCUCGUGGAGGACAAUCCGCAGUGCAUCAAGACCACCUUCAGUGGUGUCUCAAACUACCGCUGCUGGACAUCCGACCACUGCCAGACAGUGUGUCCAGAGCGGUGUGGGCAGCGGGCAUGUACGAAUUCUGGAGAGUGCUGCCACGCUCAGUGCCUGGGCAGCUGCACAGCUCCAGACAGUGCCACGGCCUGCGCCGCCUGCCAGCACUACUCCUACGAAGGCCGCUGCGUGGAGCAUUGCCCUCCGGGCACGUACAUAUUUGAGGGCUGGCGCUGCAUCACCUUAGAUAUGUGCGCCGAGGUCCACCUGCCUUACUUGGAGCGCUUUGUCAUUCAUGGGGGCGAGUGCAUGAUGGAGUGCCCACCCGGCUUUAAUCGUGAAAACAGUCAGAGUAUGUUCUGCAGUGCUUGUGACGGCUUGUGUGACAAGGUGUGUGAGGGGAAAGACAUUGACUCUGUGGACGCUGCACAGUCCCUAAAGGACUGCACUGUUAUUAACGGCAGCCUGCGCAUAAACAUCCGCCGUGGCAACAACAUAGCAUCUGAGUUGGAGAACUUCCUAGGCCUCAUCAAGACAGUGACAGGAUGUGUGAGGAUUUCUCUUUCUCCCACUCUGAGCUCGCUGUCCUUCCUCAAGAGUUUAAACCACAUUAAUGGGAAGGAGCUCUGCGAUAACAUGUAUGCCUUCUCAGCGUUUGAUAACCAGCACCUCCAGUUCCUGUGGGACUGGUCACAGCACAACCUGACCAUUCACGCAGGGAAACUCUUUUUCGGCCAGAACCCCCACCUGUGCAUGUCCGAGAUUCGCAAGAUGUGGCUGAAAACAGGCAUCAAGGAGAAGUUUGUGGAGGAGGAUUUCCGCAACAACGGAGGCCGUGCAAACUGUGAACAUAAAAUUCUGAAGUUCAUAAACAAUAGCACUGGGAGUAACACAAUAGCGCUGACAUGGGAACGCUACCAACCGCCGGGUUACAGAGGCCUUAUCAGUUUUGAAGUGUACUACAGAGAAGCGCCUUUUCAGAACAUCUCAGAGUUUGACGAUCAGGAUGGUUGUGGGUCCAACAGCUGGAUGAUGGUGGAUGUGGACUCGCCUCAGGACCAAAACAGAAACCCUGAAGUCCUUCUAUCAGGCCUUAAACCCGUGACACAGUACGCCAUCUUUUUGAAGACUGUAACUUUGGUAGUGGAGGACAUAGACACACACGUUCUGGGGGCCAAGAGCGAAGUGGUCUAUAUUCUCACUAAGCCUAAAGUACCUACAAUGCCUGUUGAUAUUCGCGCCUACUCCAACUCAUCCACAAGCCUGUUGGUUCAGUGGUCUCCUCCUGUUUCUCCCAACGGGAAUCACAUCUACUAUCUGCUUCGUUGGCAACAGCUGGAAGAAGACCAUGAGCUCUACCAGCACAACUACUGCUCUAAAGAGCUGAAGAUUCCCAUCAGAUUCUCCACAGGCCUGGCAGACGUCAUUGGGAACAUAAAGCCCACCAAUUCAGACUCAGCAGGGCAGAACAAAACCCUUUGCUGCCGUUGCCCUAAAUCAGAACUAGAUCUCAAAAAGAACAGGGACGACAUCAUCUACCGUAAAGCCUUUGAAGACUUCCUCCACAACAGCAUCUUCCAGCCCAGACCAAGCCUACGGCAGCGCAGGGACGUGUCAGGAGUGGCUAACUCCACCUUCCUACACUCUCUGUUUGGUGCCAGCGGGAACCUAGGUGAGGGCAACUCCUCAGCCCCAGAACCACAUGUUCGAGAGUUUCAUGAGAGAAAGUUGGAAGAAACAAGCACUGAAAUUCAUGACCUGCAGCCUUUCACUGUGUACCGCAUUGACCUGCAUGCCUGCAAUGAGGAGAUCCAGCAGUGCAGCGCCCCUGCUUUCGCCUUCCCCCGCACCGAACCAGCAGACAAAGCGGAUGACAUCCCAGGCCAAGUGACAUGGCAAGAUUUGGAUGACUCUGUGAUAGUGAAGUGGCCUGAACCAGCACAACCCAAUGGCCUCAUCCUGCUCUAUGAGAUCCAGUUCCAUCUGGGAGGCGAGCUGGAGAGGCACGAGUGUGUGUCCCGUCAACACUAUAAGGAGCAUCGAGGUGUACGGCUCACUAACCUUGGCCCUGGUAACUACUCGGUCCGUGUGAGGGCCACCUCACUGGCUAGAAAUGGCUCAUGGACACAACCCUUAGUCUUCUACGUCCCACAGGCUGAACGUUAUGAGAACCUCCUCUACUUAAUGUUCAUCCCCAUUGUGCUGAUCCUGGUGGUCCUUGCAGUAACCAUGUUUGUACUCAAUAAGAAAAGGAACAGCGACAGGCUGGGAAAUGGAGUUCUGUAUGCCUCAGUCAACCCUGAGUACCUCAGUGCAACUGAAGUGUAUGUCCCUGAUGAAUGGGAGGUAGCACGGGAAAAGAUCACCAUGAGCAGAGAGUUGGGUCAAGGCUCCUUUGGCAUGGUGUACGAGGGCAUCGCCAAGGGUGUUGUCAAGGAUGAGCCUGAAACCCGGGUGGCCAUCAAAACAGUUAAUGAGUCUGCCAGCAUGCAUGAGCGCAUUGAAUUCCUCAACGAAGCCUCCGUCAUGAAGGAGUUCAACUGUCACCAUGUGGUGCGUCUCCUUGGCGUGGUCUCUCAGGGACAGCCCACUCUAGUCAUUAUGGAGCUGAUGACACAGGGUGAUCUGAAGAGUUAUCUACGCACACUACGAUCCAACAAGAACACAUCCGGCCUGCCUUUGCCACCGCUGAAGAUGAUGAUUCAGAUGGCAGGAGAGAUUGCAGACGGCAUGGCAUACCUCAAUGCCAACAAGUUUGUUCACCGAGACUUGGCAGCCAGAAAUUGUAUGGUGGCUGAAGACUUCACUGUCAAAAUUGGAGAUUUUGGCAUGACGCGGGACAUUUACGAGACAGAUUACUACAGAAAGGGUGGAAAGGGCCUGCUGCCUGUGCGCUGGAUGUCUCCAGAAUCCCUCAAAGACGGCGUCUUCACCACCAUGUCUGACGUGUGGUCAUUUGGUGUGGUGUUAUGGGAGAUAGCCACCUUGGCAGAGCAGCCCUAUCAGGGUAUGUCCAAUGAGCAGGUUCUGCGCUUUGUCAUGGAGGGAGGUCUGCUAGACAAACCUGACAACUGCCCCGAUAUGAUGUUUGAGCUGAUGCGCAUGUGCUGGCAGUAUAACGCGAAGAUGCGUCCCACCUUCCUGGAGAUCAUCAGCAGCAUCAAGGACGAUCUGGAGCCCAAUUUCAAGGAGGUGAGCUUCUUCUACAGCGAAGAGAACAAGCCGCCAGACACGGAGGAGCUGGACCUGGAGAACCUGGGCACCAUGGAGAACGUUCCCUUGGAGCCCUGUGCCAAGGCCCCGGUGCCCUCGCCCACUCCCUCCUCUCCCUCCUCGGGCACAGACAAACGCUGCGCCAACGGGCCGGUACUGCUGCUGCGAAGCCCGUUCAAUGAGGCACAGCCUUAUGCGCACAUGAACGGGGGAAGGAAGAACGAGCGCACAUUGCCCUUGCCCCAGUCCUCAGCGUGCUGAUGCCAGCCUGCCCACUUUUUAAUCUUCUUUUCUUAGGUCACGUUAAGCUUCGCUGGCACUCCGGAGAACUCCCACUCCACUCUGUCUAAUCACCACAUCGUCUCUGGAACAGAACGCCACGAAGGAAACCCAGACAGAAAGGCGUCGAGGCUGUUGACCUCUCAUCAUACCUCAGUGACGCAGUUUGUUUUUCUCUUUGUGUUACAACCUGCGUUGACUGACAGACAGGUGGCAAACUUCACCGCCAUCACUGUAGAAGCACGGCAAACACUGACAGAAAAAAAAACCCUGAAACAAUAUGGAACACACAAUAACUUCCAAGGAGCGCACACUCCCUCUUUUUAUAGUGUUUUUGUUACUUUUAUACAUUUCCAAAUAGGGAAUUUCACAUUAAGGGUCUUGAAAUGUCUGAAAUCAGUCAUGGUGAGGUGGCAUUAUUGUAAAUCAGAAUUUAAUUGAGCAUAUUCCAACAGAGAGGCACUUUGUGUUUUAGGUGUCCAAAGACAUGGUAGCUCUUAAAAAAAGAGUGUGCCAGAGCGGUUACAGUGCGGCUCAAAGCCGGGUGGCGCCAUUAACAAGGAGUCUCAUCUAACGAGAUGUGAGACUCCGCCCACUCUGUGUAUCUACUCAAUAGUAGAGCAGAAAGUUGCCAUCAUCUUUUUUUUUAAAUAAUAUACUCCUUUUCUUGCCGUCUUUCUUGCUGCACUUUUGUGCGCUUGAAGGCGCAUUAAAGCAAAUAUGACACUCCACAUUUUUUUACACUGGUGUGUAUAUAUCUAUCUAUCUAUAUAUACAUAUAUACCUAUUUUUUCAGCUCUUCUUGUGCUUAAUUGAUUUAUGAUCAAUGCAGAGGUUUUUCACCAGAUUGCCUCCUGUUUAUUUUCUUGACCAGGUUUCUGUCUCAUACAUUCGAUUCUACUGCAAAACUUCCAGCCACGUUCAGAAAGAAACAGGAGGGGCUGUUGGGGUGCAGAAAUGAAAACAAGAUCCUAAAAGGGCCUAACAUGCAAAUAACCACAUAGCAAAAAAAAAUCAAAAAAGGUACCUGGAAGAGAUUAAGGCAACAUGGUGUAAUUGAAGGGAUAUAGUGCAUCGUGAAAAAGAGCAGGUAUUUUUUAUAGUUUCGUCACCCCCCCCCAACCCCCACCCCCACCAUCUCAGUCAGUUAAAUGUUGGACCACAGAGCAAACACAUCAUUCAUCUGUCACUUUUCUACCUUUUUUAUGGUUCAAAUGAACUUCUGUAUGUCUGUACUGAAAGAAGCUGCUAUUUUCUUCUCAUUUUCUUUUGUGGUUGUAAUAUAUAUCUAUAUGUAAAACAGAUACUUCGGGUUAAAUCCUUUACUGUGUCCACUACCAUCUUGUACUUUUGCAAAAAGAAAAAUAUGCUAUUUAUAUUUUCUGCCCCUAAUCUUUUUCUUUUUCUCCAUCCCCAUCAUUGGGUGCAUUUUUCUCAGACUAUGUUUUUGUUGGUACAAAAAAAAAAAAAACGGUACAAAUUCACGUCAUUGUGGAGCUCACGGUGGCAGACUCUAUUAGCAGUUAAACACUGUGUCUUAUAAAAUCAGAUUCUCAGGUUAAAUCCAAACCAUUAUUUCUAGAUCACUUUUUUCUGAGUAUUCAGGCACCUUAAACAUGUUGAAGAUUUUUUUUUUUUUUCUCUCCAACACAAAAUCCUGUUACACACAUCGGAUUAAAGGAAUAGUUUGGCCAAAAAUUAAAUUUGCUCCAUUUUUUUUUUAAAUUAGGGAUGCAUCAAUACUUUUUAAUUUUAUUUUUUUUCCCAGACCAAGCACAUGUUUUUUUUUUUUUUUUUUUUGUACUCACCGAUACUGAUACCAAAAUGAGUAAAAUACAGAGUAUUAAGCAGUCGGGGCAUCAUGGACAUUUUAUUUAGCUUUGUUUAUGUCGGUUGCUGCCGUAUGCUCCUACUACUGAACUCAUGAUGAGUUUUAUGUUUAAGAUGUCACGGUGUUUAAACUGUAUCUUUAAUGAAGACCGUGAGUGCAGCCGAUCUGUGCUCACGGAGCAGUGUCAGCUAGCAUGUUUAUUAAAAAUGAGUGCCGUCAAUUAUACCAUGAGAAAGGAGCUAAGAGCAAAGCGUACAUUUUCUGGGAGUGAGUGAGGCAGCGUGCGUAUCUCAGUGCUCGCAGAAAUUAACUGCUCUUACACACCUUGCACUUAUUUUUAAUGACCAGAUGCUGUUGAUAUUUUUGCAGAGCACAGUUUGCAGUCUGCUUUGCUUUGCUCGCCAUCAUUAAUCGUAAAACAUGUCUGGAACAUAUCACAUCAUUUGUUUAUUAACCUGACAACGUACACUAGGCUUAUGUCACGUAGUAUCGAACGGUUUUGGAUGUUGAUAUCGGAGCAUUUUUACAGCUAUGGGUAUGAAUAAAUGAGCACAGUAAUGAACCAAUAACUGAUAACUCUGCCUGUUUUGAUGCAUCCCUAAUUUUUUUUUUUUUUUUUUUUUAAACCUUAUCUCAGCUGCGGCCGAUUAGCCAAGAUAUACUUGGUGUCCAACUUUAUUAACUCCGUGCAGUUUGAGAGAGGUGUGUGAUUUAGCAUGCAGGUUGUACGAUGCUAAACAGGUAGUUAUAAUCUUCUCUUAUUUGUUAGGUACUUUAGUCUCGUAGUGCUCCAGUGCGUAAAUAAAUAAUGAAGUUUUUUCCAGCACCAAACCCGCUCCUUGACGUCUAAGUUUGGUGCUUGUGUAAAUUGAAUUUUUGGCUGUUAUUUAAUUAGUGACUGACACUGCCACCAUGCUUAUGGAAACACAUUUAACUGCCUGCUAGCAUAAAAAUCAUCAAAGAAGCAUUAAUAAAGAGAUGAUUAGGCAAAUCUAUGCAGAAAUUGUGUUAACAUGAAAGUGGUCCCUUUCAUUCAUUUCACAAUCAAAACUUUGACUUGCGUGAGUUUUGUGUUUUUGUUUUUUUUUUUUUUUCCUUUUUUUCAGUUUUUCUCUUCCUCCUCCAUUUGUAUCCUUAUUAUUUAUUUUGAUUAAUUUUUUGUGAUGUGUUUAAAAAUCACUGUAAAAAUCCCCCUUGUGUUUGAGAUAUUUUUCUAUUUUUUUUUUUUCAUGUCUUUGGGACUUGUUUAUUUCUCCUUCAAGCAUUUAUCUACCUCACCCUUUUUUAUAAAUAUAUAUGAACCUGUAUAUAAAGAAAAUUGAUUAGAUUUCUUUGCCCCCUGCCAAAAAAGGACGCUGUUAGUGCUCUGUGUAUCUGAGUAAACUUCAAACACUACCAGCCAUGGCCUGGCGGAGGAGAUGCCCUGGCGUCGUGGAUGUUUGGACAAACUGGCUGCUUUCUUACAUCCCUAUACAAGUUUCCAAUUUGUUCUUUAUUUAUUUUAGAGAAAAAAGGCCUUAUAAAUUAGCUUCAAAUGUGCUGGAAUGUUGUUGACAUUUAAUUUAUGCCUCUUUUGUCUUGUUGAGAAGGGGGGAAAACGGUACUGAGACGUCAGAGUGAAACAGUCCUUUAUUCAUGUUGUUUUUUUUCCCCCUACGAAACUUGUUCACCAAGUUCUAUGUUUUCUCUCAAGCUUUAUUGUUAUUGUAAGUUCAUUAUUGAGUAUUGUGUUGGAAUUCAAACAUGAAUUGAAAAUUGAUUGCCGAGAACAUUGUUGACUGUAUGUUGGUGGCUUCUGAGUCAGUAUUGUUUGAAUGAUUUCUGGUGAAUUUAGAUGUUUUGUGCUGGGCGUCAGAAAGCUGAACCACUGUAGAAAUCAAUGAAACAGUAAGAAGAUUGGACCGAAUGUUUAAAAGAGAUGACACUAAAAUUGCUCUAGUCUUUAUACAGUAUGCAGUCAGAACAGAUAGGGCUUGUUUAAAAGCGAAACGGGUUGCUGCAGAAAUCAGACCUGCAGAAAUCAGUCCUCAUCAUUGCCCUCUCUGUACUCAGCUGCUUUAAAAUUAGGCAUGUGCUGAUAUUCAAUUUGUAUGUCACAGUUAAUGAUACAACUAUAUUGUAUUUUAAGAAACACAACAUAAAAACACUACUAAAAUUUUUCUACUGUGUUUUCAAACUGCCGCAAAUCUCUGCUCUGGUGAACAGCAUUCUGGGACAUGUGCAGUGCUCUUUUAUAUGUGUGGUACUCUGGGAAAAUCCGGCUGAUGGCAGAAUUGUGUAAAAAAAAAAAAAAAAAUUAAAAAUAGGGUUUCUUCUGCCUAUAACACAUUGACAUGUCACCUUUAAGAAAUUAUAAAUAUAUUUUAUCGAAGUUAUGUCUAAUUCCAACAGUGCCACAGCCAUCCAUGGCUCGGAGUCUGAGAGGGAAAGAUUGGCCGUGCUGUCUGGGUGGGAGGGAUGGCAUUUUCUCUCUCUCCUGUCAGUCAGUGACACUAGCCAAUUGUGUGUGUCUGUGAGCUCAUGCAUUUAGAAGAGGUGGAUAGCACUUUCCUCAGAGUGUGUUACACCACCUCAUGACACAACAUGAGCAGGAACUCAGAAAGAUGCACCUAGCUGGCUUCAUGUGUCUGCGAGGAAGCAUGUGAUAGCCUUCACCCUCCUCGGAUGGUAGCUGUUGUAUGACAGGGGAGAGCUUGCUGGUGGGUUGGACUUGAUCCACACUAAAUUGGGGAGAAAAUCAGGAAAAAAUGUUUUAUUUACUUUCUAAUUUUGCCUUGACUUUCUUCAGAGAUCAUGUUGAUCAUGUAAGGAGUCAGUUUAACAAACAUGGUUGUGGCAGUCUGCCUAAAGAUGUCUAAAGGUUUGCUAGCUAAGUGUCAUUUCCUUACACACUGAAUGCCACGAUUUGAUCAAGUUGUUGGAUAGCUGUGUGCCGUAGUGUAAUGGAACAAAGCUUAAUCAUUUCCCUUUAUAAUCAGCCAGCUCUUAAAAUGUCCGUGAUGCUCCUGCGCCUUCACAUCAUCAAAACAGAGAAGAGUGCUUACACACUCUUUACAGACGACAGUGGACAAAGUUUUAAAAUGUUUAAAUAAACCUAAUAAAAAUAACCAGAACAAAACUGAUCAAAUGAAUCAGCGAUUAUUUCCACCAUGUUGUUAGCGUGAACAGUGAACAAAGUGAUCAUGCAUUUCCCAUCAUAAAACUAUAAUUCUUUGAGAUUUGACAUUAUAACUUAUAUCUUAUUAAUUUCCUAUUACAUUAAAUGUAAAUGAAGUAAAUAAGUAGUAUGUGCUUUCAGAGCAAUUCUUUGAAAUCUUUCAUUGCAGUUUUUCUUCGUUUUCACUUUUAACAUUUUAAAAUGCUAGAACUGUACUUCUGGUUAAGAUAUGUACAAAAGCAAAAUGUAUUUUAGAUCUGUAUAGAGUAGGAAUUGUCAGAAUUUGCCUGUGUGAAGGGUUUUCCCAGGUCACAACAUAUAUUUAUCCACCAUACCUUAUAGCACUUAAAAGAUCAGAGCUUUUCAUUUAGGACAGGCGUUAUUUCCAUAAACGGUCAGAUGGAACAUAUGGGUACUGAGAAUAUUUUGUUAUAUAUUGUGAUACAUCACUGAUUAUCAACACAUGCCUACUUCACACAGAAUGUUAAAGCCAUUUAGGACUGAUGCUGAAACUGAAAGCCAGGAUUGAUGGACAGAUGGUCCAAAAUUUGAUAUUAGAGCUUGAUUAGAUAUAUAACAGCUAGUACCUAAUAUAACAUCGUCCUGAUCAUCCUACUCUUUCAGCAGCUGUCCAUCCUUAAACCUAGAUUCACUUCAAAUCUGCAAUACCAUUCCGGGUUCUGGAUCAGAUUGCCAUUAGAGUCCUGUCACAGGUAUGGGCUCGAUUUCCUCAGGGCUUCUCUGCUCUGCUGCUCAUCACACUGCUGCUCCCCAUCAUUCACUUUCUGCAUGUCUGAAUGUGGACCUCACGCUGUACUCCACGGGUACACGCCAUUCACUAAGAGCAGGGCAAUGAUGUGGACGAGAAAUGAACGCUCCAUCUAGAUCUCUAAAGAAAGAUAUUAUUCACUUUAUUCCAUAUAAGCAUUUUUUUACCAAUCACCAUUAUGAUAUUUGUAAAACAUUAAAAUAUGGGGUUAUUAGAAAAGAGAUACAGUUUAAAGAUAUUUAACAAAGGAUAGGUUAUAUAUUCUAGAUAUGGAGCUCAAGAUGUUGUGUAUAGAGAAGGUGGAACGUGAGGAAGGUCUGUGGUCCAAGCUGCUUCUUCAAGCCUGAUGGUUCCAAGUUUAAAGAAAAACAGGUACUUUAUAAACAUUUUUCAUGUUAUGUUGUUUUGCAGAAAAGAAGAAAGGAAAAAGUGCCCCAUGAAUAUGACAGAUAUUGAUAAUGAAGGUUUUGUUCAUAGUGGCACAUUGCUGGAUUUUUAUUUUUUUUUUCCAAGUGUGUGCGCGAGUGUGUAUGUGAUAUUUGCCAAGAAAAAAAAUAAAUUCAGCUCACCA